AAAACAUUUUUAUAAUUCAAAUAAAGCUUAUAAAUAAUAUCUUUUUCUCUAUAAAGUUAAAAUAAUAUUAUUUUUAAUAACUUUAUAAUUUAUAGUUUAUAUAAUUAACUUUAUAAAAUUACAAAAUAAAAUAAUAAAUAUUACUAAAAUUAUUUUUUUCUCAAUAAAAUAUCAAAAAUGGAAACUGUUAAAACUAGAUUUAUGAAAACCAAAGAACAUGUUCACCAUAAUAACACUACCUCUGUAGAACAUGGUAAAAGACCAAAGUCAUUAAAGGCCGAAGCAAAAGUAAUUAGAUCCGAUUACACUUUACUUGCUGAACACUCUGAAAAAUGGAUGGAUGCUGUUCAAGAUAUGCAAACUAAAUGGGAGGUUCUUGCAAAUACCAUUGCAAGCUUUGGUACUGCUCAAUACAUUGAUAAGAAUACUACUUGCCACAUUGCAGAAGGUUUCCAUGGUCUUCAAAAUUUAAUGUUCCCAAUCAUUAAGACUACCAAAAUUGGUAUCCAUGAUAAUGCUGAAAAUAUUUCACAUUGUUCUGUUGACAAAUUAAAAAAACAAAACCAUAGAAUGGAAGAUAACAGAGUUCGUGCUGACCACGCAAAUCAUAGAUUAGACAAAUAUAGACAAAAAUCAAAAACCAAUCCAACUCGUUUAAAGAGAAAAGAAGCAUCUGCCGAAAAAGCCAACAUUGUUUAUGAUGAAAGUUAUCUGAAGAUAAUCUCCAUAAUUCAAGACAAUUGUUAUUUGAUCUUCAAAGAUUUCUUCAACGAAGGUUACUCUGAUAUCCAUUCAUUAAAACAAGAAAUUGACCUUAUCCCAGUACAAGAAAAAUUAUAUUCAAGAUUUGGUAUUCUUGAUAUUGCUUUACCAAAAACUUAUACAAAAUACCAUUCAGAUUAUAUUCCAAAAGACCACUCUGUUCCAAUACCACAUGGUUCAAUUGUCUAUGAUGAAGACGAUUCCAAAAAUAAUCUCAACAAUGACAAUGACACCCAACAAGAAAGUUUAACCACCACAACUUAUCAAAUUCCAGCCACUAUUCUCUCACCAAGUUUAAAUGAAGGUUCAUCAUCAUCAAAUCCAGUUUUUACAAAAAAUAUUUCUCCACAACAAACUUACAUUUCAAGUACUACCCAAGAUGCUCCAUCAGCUUCCUUAGAAAAAGAAACUAUUAUUCCAACUGUAGUUGAACAAGUUGAGUUAACUCAACCGGCUAACAAUGUUGUUUCACCACAAAUUGUUCAUGAAUAUGUUUAUGAAGGUAAUACUUCCAAUACACAGAUAGGUUCACCAGCUAAAAAUUUUACCAAGGUAAAAGAAGAAAGUAAGACUGUAGUUGAAGAAAAAUUCAAUUAAUUUUGUCUUAAAAAAAAACUUUAAAAAAAAAAAAAAUUUCAAAAAAAAAAUAAAUUCUUAAAUUAUUUAUAUAUAU